GGGGCCGCGCUGGCGGCAGCCCCGGCAGCCGCGCCGGCCCCAGCGCCCCGCGCUGCCGCUGCCCGGCCCCUGCUCACGGCCGAGACACCCCCCCCCCGCCCCCCGGCUCCUAUUCACGGCCGAGACCCCCGAGCUGCUUCCGCCUUCCAUCGGCACCGGCUGCACCGGGCGCUCCCGGGAGGUUCUGACCCGCCCGGCGAGCCCCAGGGAUGUCCUCACCAUGAGAAGGUGCUGCCAGGGCGUGGGGCUGCCAUGCCUGUUUAAGGGUGUUGGGAUGGCCAGCCCCAGGCCUCCCAAGUUCCUCCUGGUCUUUGACUUCGACGAGACCAUCAUCAACGAGAACAGUGACGACUCCAUCACCCGGGCCUUGCCGGGGCAGGAGCUCCCGGAGAGCAUCCGCCAGACCUUCCGGGAGGGCUUCUACAACGAGUACAUGCAGCGUGUCCUGGCCUACAUGGGGGACCAGGGGGUCAAGAUGGGGGACUUCAAGACUGUCUACGAGAACAUCCCCCUCUCCCCUGGCAUGCCCGAGCUCUUCCAGUUCCUCUCCAAGAACCACGAGCUCUUCGAGAUCAUCCUCAUCUCUGAUGCCAACAUGUUUGGCAUCGAGUGCAGCCUGAGGGCAGCUGGUUUCUACUCCCUCUUCCGUAAGAUCUUCAGCAACCCAUCCAGCUUUGACAAGAGGGGGUACUUCACCUUGGGGCCCUACCACAGCCACAAGUGCCUUGACUGCCCGGGCAACAUGUGCAAACGCAAAAUCCUCACGGAAUACCUGGCAGAGAGAGCCCAGGAGGAGGUGGAGUUUGAGAGGGUCUUCUACGUGGGAGAUGGUGCCAAUGACUUCUGCCCUUCCGUGGCUUUGACUUCAUCUGACGUGGCUUUCCCACGGAAGGGCUACCCCAUGCACAGGAUGACCCAGGAGAUGGAGAAGAAGCAACCUGGAGCCUUCCAAGCCACCGUGGUCCCCUGGGAAUCAGCCGCAGAAGUUGCCCGCCACCUCCAGGAGGUCCUCAAGAAGAAGUGCUGAGGGUGGCUUGGGAAAGACUUGCUUCCCAUGAGCAGCUGGGAAAGAAGAAGCUUGGGGGGUGGAGGUGUGUGUGUGGGGGGUCACAUCCUGCACCUCCUGCUGGCUCAGCCCCUCUCCUGGGUUGCUUCCCUGCCUUUCCUCUCCCAGCUCCUUUCUCCCUGGCAAUUAAAGCACUUUCUCUAGGUCCUUCCUUCUCCUGCCACGUUGAGUUGAAGCCUUCUCUAUGCAGCUCGGACAUCUGCCCAGUAUUUGGCAACACUGAUGAGGACUUACUUUUAAUUGAUGGGUUGGGUUUUUUUUUUUCUCUUUCCUCUCCCUUUGGACCUGACAAGAGCAAUUCCUGCCAGCCCAGCAGCCCCAGGGGCUGGGCCCUGCACGUGCUUCCUCCUGCCUUCAUCCCCCUCACCUCCUCCAGCCAGGAGCUGCCUGCUGGUCCCCUCAACCUGAUGUUCCUUUGCCUCUUUGGGAGGGCAACUGGGAAUAUAAACUGGAAAUCUGCCCUGGGGCUCCCUGAUUUACCCUCCACACCCAGGGCAGCCCCUGGCUCAGCUGCUGAGCCUCACAAGGGACUUCAUUGUCCCUUGAGACUUGAUGCUCUGAAAAAAAACCCACCUAAAGUGAGGGACAGGAAACCUUAGGGGGGGGAGGAGGGUAAAAGACCAGCCCUGUAGUGCCCAUCCCCAGCCUCUUGCCCAGGGAAGGGGCACAGUAGCUGCAUCCUGCUGUGGGGAGGAGGACCUGCCCUGGGCACCCACCUCCAUCCUCUGCUUCUGCUUCCAGGGCAAAAUGUGUGUCCCUCCCCACCCAACCAACUCGUGACCCCGGGUUCCUCCUCACCCUGAGCCAGUCCUGCUCAUCCCCUCGUGUUUGCUGCAUCGUGUGGACUCCCCUUUUAUCCAGGGGGGGUAGAAUUCCCCCCCCCCCCCUUUCUCCAUGACCUGGUGGAGAGGUGCCAAACCUUCCCACGGGGGGGGUCUGGUGCUGUAGCACUUCUCCUGCCAUCAGGUCCCCAGAGGCCAAACCAACCCCUCCUGACUUCCAUGUCCAGUAUUAAUUGCCCCUUUUAAUUGCACUCUGCAUGGGGGGGGAGGGAUCCUACAGUAUUCACUGCUCUCUGGUGUUGGCUUCUCCUGGAUUUAUCCACAGCCUUACUGACCCCUCAGGGUGGCUCGUGUCUCCUCCAAAGUGCAGAACCCCUGAGCAGCAAGGAAAUGAACCAAAGCAGCCCCGAAUUGUUCCUCCUCUAUUUCAUUCCCCCCCCCCCUUCCUUUAUUCUUCCUCCUCCAGACCCUGUUCAACUGUGUGGAACUUAAAAGCCAUGGAAUUAAAAAAUAACACUAAUAAUACA